AACAUUUUAGUCAAGUAACCCUAAAACUAGUGAAUGUGUUUAACUAUAUUCUGUAUUUGUCUUUAGAUGGAAAGAAGAACUCCUUACCAGCGGGGCCCCCUGAGGCUGAAGUGUGUGGCAGCCAAGUCAAGACGUGUGGCCACCAACUAUACGUUUGGGGACACAGUGGAGGCUGAAUGGUCUACCACUGAAAUGCGGGCAUUGUCGGAUGGCAAACUGGUAUAUGUCCUUUCACUUAAGGAGGACAAUGCCAGUAAAGUCCAAAUAAAUUGGACUUAUAUGUUUAAAAACUUGGUCUUGAAAGCUGACAGGGCAUACUUCAAUGAUGAAACUGUGGCUUUCAAGUCUUAUAAUUUGGUGAUAGAGCCAGACCUGGUGGCCAAAGCUGAAGCCCUCCUGUGUCCCCCCUCCCCAUAUGUGGAAGAAUAUGAGGCACUGAGGGAUGCCCAAGGCUACAUUACCAUUAAAGUUCAGAUUGUCUCAGUUCCUGAUGUUAGGCAAGUACUGAUGAAGGGCACACCAAUCCCGAUAAGAGACAUAGAGGCCUCUAUGGCUGGCCACACUAUUGCUGUGACCCUGUGGCGGGAGGCCUCCCUUUUGGAAAUUCCUGUCGGUGACUGGGUCACCCUUACCCACUUGAGAGCCAGUAUUAGCCGAUCGUUUGGCUUCAAGUUGAACACAUCAACAUUCACAGAGGUCCAUCGAACAGAGGCAACAGCCAGUUCUCGACUGUGUACUGUUGUGGCGGUGAACGCGGGGCCAGAAUUCUUUAGAGUGAUGAUGGGGGAUGGAACCGAGCUCAAGGUGCCCACCCAGUCUUGGGUGGGCACUGAAGAAGAAUUUGCUGCCAGGCUGCCAAUGUCAGUGACCCUAGAAGUGCAGGGGGACCUGAUUGUGUCUCACAACAAAUUAUUUGAGACAGAUGAUCAGGAAGAACAGGUGGACAGUGAUGACAGUGAGGCAAUCCUCAACUCCCCAUGAACACACACACACACAAACAUUUUAAUUAAAUUGUUUCUUGUUACUUUUAAUUAAAUUGUCUCCUGUUAAUAUUUAUUAAAUUCUCUUUUGUUAUUGUUAAUGAAAUUGUCUCCUGUUAAUAUUAAUUAAAUUCUCUUUUGUUAAUGUUAAUUAAAUUGUCUCCUGUUAAUAUUAAUUAAAUUCUUUUUUGUUAAUGUUAAUUAAAUUGUCUCUCUGUAAUAUUAAUGAAAUUUUCUCAUUUAUAUGAAUUAAAUUG